AUGUACUCAGUGCAAGAUACUCCCAAAGAUACAUUAUUUUAUUUUGCAGACCCUGCCGCAUGGAUCAUUGGUGACUCUAUCGUGUACUGGGCAGCCCGGCGGGUACAGCAGGAGGGCAGUGGAGAUCUUGGCUGUGGGGCGCCGGUGGCCUGGCAUGGCAGAAGGGACCUUGAUCUAGGCCAGUCCAAGGAAUACUUAUCUUCCCUUUUCACCGGUGAGGGGUCAAUACAAUCCCACAUAAUUCAGCACGUUGGAACAAACGAUCUAGAGUCAGAGAGCAAGAGCGCCUUCUCAAGCGAGCUAAAACGGUUCUUUGAAUACGUGAGCGGCCAGGGGUCCAUCAUCAUUUGGUCGGACAUUCUACCUCGAUUCCGCUAUAGGGAGUUUAGCGAUGAACAGCAGGGCCUCGUCGACUGCAAGAGGCGAUCAUUGAAUAGAGCUACUAGCAAUGUUAUAACCUCCAACACUGUCAGGCACAUGAACCAGAGUUCUGAACUUCUGAGUAGACCCAACGAAAUGCCGGUUUCCCUUCGAGACAAACAUGGGCCAGGUGGUUUUCCUCGCUGUGGUGGAUAACGCAACAAUGUUAACAUUACCUAGUGUCCAGAACUCCAGACGGCCUUUGCUGUCUCCUUACCUGCUCAAUCUUGCUGUUAUUGAACCUCAAAUUUCCAGCCUGUCGUAUCACAUCAAGUGUGUCAGCAUAGUCAUGUUUGAGGAAUCUUCCUUUGAACAAAAAAUGGCAUUUCCACUUGCAUGUAAGUUCAACUGUGAAGAGAGAUGAAGCAUAUUUAUGCUGUUGAAUCCGAAAUUCUAUUUCCUUGUUGCAUCGAUCAUAGAAAAGCAGUGCAUAUCAUCCUCUGGAAUGACUAAACAGUGCAUCAAACUUGUUCAGAAAAAAGACACGCAAAACUACUUAUGGCCUGAGUUACACCAGCGAUGUUGAAACCUUUAGGUUAUGUCACCCUCAAUCCUGAAACAAACAGGCAAGAUGGUAGGCCACAAGUUCGAAAGAUCAUUGCCCAACUCGAAGCUUCUUCAACUUCUUCAAAAGCCCUGGAUAAAUAUCCAGUGGUAUCAAUAUCUUGAUACAGACCCUCUCAUUGAACUUUCUCAGACUAUGUAACAUCUUCAUACGCAAACUACAAAAAGGUAAACAGUAUAUGAUAGGACCAGGUGGGGUAACCUCCCCCCCCCCCCCCCCCUCUCCUCUCUCUCUCUCCCUCUCUCUACUGUUUCACUCUCCACUUUAAUUGCCUUUCUCCCCCCCCCCUCUCAUACCUCAACUGAUACUUGUUCUAUCUGGUUAAGAUUUACAACCACAUGUUUUUAUCUCUUUGAAUUGGUUCUUCAAUCUAGACUUGUGAAUUACUUGUACGGUCAGAAAAGGUAUUGUUAAACUGUAUACUCUCUCCAUUCAAUCUAUCUCUCUCUCUCUCUCUCUCCUUCUCUCUAUUUCUUCAGAUCUCUGUUCUCAUUUUAACCUUUGAUAAAAUGAAUAUCUGUAAUUAAGCCUUAUUAAUGGUUUUUGACAGAUUAAGCCAUUUCCCCAUGUAAUUGCUAUUUCUAAUUAAAUUGUGUGUUAUUGUUCUUUCCAUCUAUCUCUCAUUGGUCUUUCACCCUUGGUAUCUCCAUCUCUCUCCACCCCAUCCCUGUCUCUCACACACAUACAUCCUCUUGUCAUUAUUGUAUCCUCUUUCUGUUUCAUCUGUUUUAUUUCAAUUAAAUAAAAACUUGGUUCAAAGGCCUUACAUUGUUUGAUAACGAAAAUUAAACCAUAUUUAAUGGGCAUUAUGUUGAUGAUAGUUUGUAUUUAUGCUUAUCAUUUUUACCAGUUUUCUUGUGCAGCAAGCAUUGUAGUUUGGUUAUUCGCACCGUCUUCUAUAGAACGUGUAAAACUAUUGUUCAUAUUCAAUUGUACUUGUAAUGAUUUUUAUUCUUGUUUACAUACUGUAGAUGCACAGUCAAACAAGCCCAUAGUGCAUUACAGUGGCAAAUUAAUUUAUGCCACCAUGUAACUCUAUGCAUGAAUUAACAGCUGUGGACUUCCAAAUUAUGAUCUUAUCUCAUGAUUUGAUUUUCAAGAAAAUUGAUCAGUUGUGCCAUUAUAUUGGUCCAGUCAUUGAAAGGACACUUGUGUCUCAUCUCCUUCUGCUUCUUGCUUUUUUCUUCAAGAUUUUUUCCCCAUUUGAUGGGAGGAGAACACAGACCUCCUCCAUGAAGAAAGUGCAUGCCAUUUAAAUUGUGCAAUUGAUAUAGAAAAAUAUAAUUAUAUUCAGGUUGUGCAAUGACGUACAUGUUAUGUUGCUCCUUGUCUUGGACUUGUAAAAGUGGAUUUGGAUGUAGGGCUAAACAAUAUUUUUAAUUUUCGGCUUUUUCAUCUGGUAACUGAUGAAUUUGGGGAGAUCGCUUAGGUGUGUAUCUGUCAAGAACCUUAUUUUCUUUCUUAAUAUUUCAUAAUGUAUAUUGCAUGAUGUAAUAACUUUGUUAUUAACCUGAUGUUAAUUUUGAUGUAUUGACUAUUUUGUAAUACACUGUACAUCGAUUUGGGGGAUAACGGACUUUACCUUUUAUGUUUUAAAGUAGUGGUGUUUGCAUGUUAUAACCCUCUGAUUUCAUCGAAUUUCAUUGAAAGAGAGGUAUCCUUGAAGCAGUUUAUAAGUUACAGCUGCUUCAUAAUACUUGCUGCAUAAUGUAAUAAUCCAUUAGUUUAUGCAUCAUUGAAUCACCCAAGAUUUCAAUAUGGUGGAGGGAUGAAAAGUCUCUUGUAGUUUUUUUUUUUACAUUAAGUAGCAUUUUUAAAACUGAGUACUGAUAAGAUAGCUCCUAAUGGUUGGCUAUAGUUUGCACAGUAAAAGUGGUGUCUGCAUUUAGGUGCUGUGUUUUGAUAUAAUUUGAGUUUGCGCCGGAGAAGUAAAUAAUGUAAAAAGCUAUAAUAAAGUUGUUUUAAAGAAGCAAUUUCUUCUAUAUUUUAAUUAAUAUACUCAUACUACAGGUAGUCCUAUCCCCCAGCUUUCUCAGUGACCAGGGUAAUGUAUGUAAACCACUUAGAGACAUCAGAAAUGUUAAGUAUUCAAUUGAAGUCUACCCUGAUGUUAAGUUUGUUUCUAUAAUAGAGGUAGAAAAAUGAGAGGAUCAGGUCAGUGAAAUUCUGAUUUAAAAAUAAGAAAGUUUAUGAAUUUUGGAAAUUGUCAUCAAACGCAUAGUGGCAUCUCUGUGACAUUUCUUGUGAGCUCUCCUACCCUUCGCUCUGUACAUAACAUGUCAUAAAUUUUAAUUUUCUUCAUUAUUGAUGAUGGAAUAGACUUGUCCAUACAGGGGUUGAAUAUAGAAACAGAUUCGCAAUAAUGUAGUGGUUUAGUGGUGGUUAUUUUACCUGACUGCUAAGAAAGCAUAGAUGCUUGUUAGUAAGUAACCAGAGGACCGACAUUUUAAAUCCUCUCCGAAGGACCUGGUAAUGAGAAUUAAUGCAUUACCCAAGGACACUAACGCAUCGACUUGGUUUCGAACCAAGGUUGCCGGAUCACGAGACCACUGCUAUUCCAACUGAGCUAUCGCGCCCUUGGGUGCAUGAAAAACUUCUUUAGAGAAAAUAGACAUGUCUUGAUUUUUUUUUGUAGUACAUAACAAAUGGGAGGAGAGACGAUUCGCCAAAGAAUUGCCAAUUUUUGUUUGAUUGAUUACUUUCUUUUAUUUUAAAUCAGGACCUGAUCCUCUCAUUUUUCUGCUUCUAUUAAAACCCAAUUAAUAUCAGUCAGGGUGGAUUU